AUGUCUGCCUUCGCGUUCGGCGGCGACGCCAACAAGGCAAUGAAAAUCAUGGAAGCAGCACAGUGGAACAACCAAGCCAAUCAGCUUGAAGCGCGUGGUGAUUUUGCCGGCGCAGAGAAUUUAUUUUUGAGAUCCCUCGCGAGGAAAAUCGAAGCUACCGGCGAGGAUUCAAUCCAGACUGCUCUUGCGAAAAAUGCGUUGGGCGAAUUAUAUUUGAAGAUGGAGGGCAAAUUGGAUGAUGCACAGAAGAUGUUGGAGGAUGCUGAUAGGGUUAGGAGUGUCAUUGAUGAUUUUGACGCGGCUUGCACUCGUGAUAACCUUGGCCAGUUAUGGGAAAUCAAGGGCGAUGUCGUGAAGGCGAGAGAGGUCCGAGAAAGAAAUCCGGAGAACAUGAUUUGUUCGAACUUCAAGGCAAGUGUUUUUUCUGACUCUCCCGAAAAUCAGGACCAAGCUAAUUAG